UUAGUCGUGCUUUUGGCCAGGUUGCGGUUCGACUUCGCCACAGUUUUCCGCCUCCGUGGUCCGCGUUUUGUGAAUAUGAAAGUAAAAGUCAACGCAGAACGACUAACUGAGUUCUAAUUAGUCGAGUGCUGGCGCCAUUCCGAGAAAAGUGAAGAAGAUUAAAACACGAAGACAACGAAAAGUGACAAAGUGCUUUCAGAUUUGAAACAUCAACGAAAGUUGCCUAAUUUCCUCCUGGCCGCCGUGUGAAUACAAACGCCUUGCCAUUUCGCCCAGUGUAGCCACCAGAUGCCUGUAUGUGUAUGUGUGUGUGUGUGCCCUUAUGAGUGUGUGUGUCCACCUGGAGUUGGCGGUUUGCCACCGAGUGGUAAUGAAUUUAUUUCAUUGCUAAACGUCGAACGAGAUAGUUGUAAAAACUCGCGAAUCGCUUCGAAAUAAUUGAAUACAUUUGAUUCGCGACGCCGUCAAAUGUUUAGUAGCCAUAAGAAGAUGACGGCCACGGGAGAGCCAGAAGCGCGCGAGGAUCCGUCCGUCGGCGGAGCACCAGCGACCAUAACCACACCGACGACCAUCAUCGCUCCGACUCCGAUCCCAGUGCCCAGCGAUGUGCCCAUGCCCAAUUCGAAUGGCAGUGGCAAUGGGGCUGGCAACCACAGGAGCACCAUCGUCAUCGAGAGCCAACCCAAGCGACGGGUUAGCAUUAUUUCCGAUCCUCCCAUGAUCGGUGGGAAUGGUGGUCUCGGCACCGGAUACGAUAAUCCCGCCUAUGAGCAAAAUCCGAGGCGUAAAAUUUCACAGACUUCCACACAUUCGCACACGGACAUUGGACCGGCGCGAAGGAAGAGCAUCCUGAAGGAUACCGCUCCCCAUGACAACGAAAGUGAUCGGGUCUCGACUCACAGCUAUGAAAACUAUCGACAGAAUGCGCUGGACGUGCUCAAUGCGAAGUACAAUGGCCACCAGAUGGGUCACAACGGAGGCGGCAGCAGCAAUGGCGGUGCUAACUACGUCGAGGAGUCUUGGAUGUACAACUUCUGCCUCAAGUGCCGCGGCGAGGAGCCAUCCGCGUCCUGGGAGCCGCCCUUCUGGCAGAAGAUAUUCCCCUACCCGCUCUGUCCCACAUUUAGGACGGUAUCGCGCCUAAUUUCCAUUAUUCUGAUUGGUGUCCUUAUCUGGGUCACCGCCUUUGUGAUCAUCGGCGAUUCGGCAGCCCCUGGUGGGCAGCUCUUUGGCCUGGUCGUUCUCACUGUGGCCGCCAAUUUCGGUGGCUACCUAAUAUCGCUGACCACCUUGCCACGUCUCAUUGGCAUGCUCCUGGUGGGCAUACUCUUCCAGAAUGUAGGCUGGGCCGACAUUGAUGGUGACUUCUCCAAGGUGACGGCUCACCUGCGCAAAUUCGCGCUUACCAUAAUCCUGACUCGAGCUGGACUCGAAAUGGAGCCGGAGGCCUUUAAGAAGGUGUACAAGACGAUCCUAAAGCUGGGCAUCAUACCGUGGUGCGUGGAGGCGGUGGUGAUGGCCGUGAUGUCGCAUUUCCUGUUGGACCUGCCCUGGAUCUGGGCCUUCCUGCUGGGUUCCAUCAUUGCUGCUGUGUCUCCAGCUGUGGUGGUGCCCUGCCUGUUCCGGCUGCGGACAAAGGGCUAUGGCGUGGCCAAGGGUAUUCCCACACUGGUGGUGGCCGUGGCCGGAGUGGACGAUGCCCUGUCGGUGGCCAUUUUUGGCAUCAUCAGCACUGUGAUGUUCUCCGACAAGGGUCUGGCCUAUCAGAUCGCCCAGGCACCGGUUUGCAUCUUGGGCGGUUUGGGCUUUGGCGUCGUUUGGGGCUCGCUGGCCCGCAUCUUCCCGGAGAAGGGGGACGCGUAUGUGGUGCCAUUGCGGACGCUGCUGCUCUUCACCGGCGGACUGAUGGCCAUUUAUGGCAGCGAAGAGCUGGGAUUCGAGGGAGCCGGUCCCCUGGCUGUCGUCUUCUCGGCCUUCGUUUCGAAUCUGUUCUGGUGCAAGGAUGGCUGGGACGUGGAGGACAACCCGGUGUCCACCGCCUUCGAGAUUUUCUGGAUGAUCUUCGAGCCAAUUCUGUUCGGUCUGACCGGUGCCACCAUUAAGAUUCGCGAGCUGGACUCACACACGGUGUCUAUCGGAGCGGCAUGCAUUUUUACGGGCGCCAUUUUGCGUAUACUUACCACGGCGGGUAUUGCGUUCGGAGAUCGCCUCAACACCAAGGAGAAGUUCUUUGUGGGACUGUCGUGGAUGGCCAAGGCAACGGUGCAGGCGGCCCUCGGUCCGGUGGCCCUAAAGCAUCUCGGAGACGACGCCACCGAGGAGGAACGCAACUGGGCGAACAUUGUGCAGACGAUCUGCGUGUUCAGCAUCGUUCUGACCGCUCCGCUGGGAGCGAUAAUGAUCUCGGUGACGGGCACGAAGUUGCUGACCAAGACCAAGCAGCCUCAGGACCUCAGUGGCUGGCGACGCAGCCACCGUCCAUCCAUUCGCGAUAUCAGCAUCAUCGACGAGGAGGAGGAGCGCGAGGAUCCCGAGAUACCCGAGGACAAGGAGACGCACGACAACACGCUCAACAACGCCCACAUCCCCAGCAUUUCCUACACAUACAACACAUAGUCCCGCUUCCGAUUCGCUCCACUUGUUGUGUCAAGAAUAAUGUUGGUUGUUUUCUUAUUGUACACUAGAUUAAGCGGAUUCUGCAUUCCGAAUAAAUGAGUAAGUUAAUGAAC